UGACUGGCCCUCUCUGAGUUCCAAUUCGGAUGCUGGCUCUUUCUCCUUCCUUCAGUCUCUCUCUCUCUCCUGGGCUAAGAAACCUGGAGAAAGCCCCUUCAUCUGUGUGGGAUGUAAAGGAGGGCUGGAAGGGUCAAAAAAGAUGCCCGAGCUUUGAGGGGAAAAGGAAGCAAUCAAGAGACGAGGUUGCAAAGCAGAGCAAGCAUCAGCCAGCUCCCUGAUCCUGUCAGCUAUCCAGCUCCACAGCUUUGUCCUUCAGGCACCAUGAGGAGCGCCAUGCUGUUUGCGGCUGUCCUCGCCCUCAGCUUGGCUUGGACCUUCGGGGCUGUGUGUGAGGAGCCACAGGGGCAGGGAGGGAGGCUCAGUAAGGACUCUGAUCUCUAUCAGCUGCCUCCGUCCCUGCUUCGGAGACUCUACGACAGCCGCCCUGUCUCUCUGGAAGGAUUGCUGAAAGUGCUGAGCAAGGCUAGCGUGGGACCAAAGGAGACAUCACUUCCACAGAAACGUGACAUGCACGACUUCUUUGUGGGACUUAUGGGCAAGAGGAACAGCCAACCAGACACUCCCACCGACGUGGUUGAAGAGAACACCCCCAGCUUUGGCAUCCUCAAAUAAUCCCCCAGUACAGAAAAGCACUCUACCCCUGGACCCCGGAUUGCAUCAUAAAGCAGUGCCUGCUCCUGCUUCCUCUUCUCCUCCCCUGCCUGUAAGGUCCUCCUGUUGGCUCCCUUCCCUACUCUGCAUAGAAGCUGCAUAUGAACAGCCUCAACCCCAUAGCAAUUAUGGUUUCUGUAGUGUCCUGCAUUAAAAAUGCUAUCUCUCUUCGUCAACAAUAAAGGGUUUUUACAAAGGA